AUGGAGAAGACCAUCUCUUCUCAUUCGGUCGAGCACAACGAAAGCCUAGCUAGGCGCGAUACACACGACGAAAAGGGGAAUCCCAACAUCAUGCUUGGCCGAGCUGGCCCCUGGGAAGCUAUCUUGGACGAAGCCCAGGCAGCAAAUGCGCAUGAGCAUGCUCUCACUGUUCGCCAAGCCCUCAAGUCUUACCCAUGGGCUGUCGCCUGGUCCCUCGUUGUUUCACUAUCCAUUAUCAUGGAAGGCUAUGACACUAUCCUGAUCGGCUCGCUCUAUGCCUAUCCUACCUACGCUCGUCGAUUUGGAGAAUAUCAGGAUGCAACCAAAACUUAUCAGAUCCCGGCCCGCUGGCAGAGUGCCAUGGGGAGCGGUCCGCAAGCCGGUGCCAUCAUUGGCGCCAUCAUGAAUGGGUUCAUCAUUCAGCGCUUUGGGUACCGGCCUGCUUUCCUUCUCGGCGUGGUGUUGUUGGCUGCUUUUGUCAUGGUCUCGUUCUUCGGCAUGUCUGUUGAGCUGCAGGCAGUGGGACAGAUUCUUUGCGGUCUUCCUUGGGGCAUCUUUGCCACGAUCGGUCCUGCGUAUGCGUCAGAACUCUGCCCGCUUCCUCUCCGCGUAUACCUCACCGCCUACACCAACAUGUGCUUCGCAACAGGCCAGCUCAUUGGUGCUGGAGUCCUCAAGAGCUUCAUUGAGUGGGACAACGACUGGGCAUGGCGGAUUCCUUUUGCUCUGCAAUGGCUUUGGAUCCCAUUUCUUUUUGCCGCGUGCAUCUUCAUGCCAGAGUCCCCUUGGUUCCUAGUUCGUAAGGGUCGAUACGGCGAGGCUGAAAAGAGUGUACUCCGCCUGAUGGCCGCUCACGAGAAGCCGCAGGCAAAGCCUCUCGUUGCGCUGAUGAUCCAUACAAACGAAACCGAGAAACGAAUAGCAGAAGGCACUUCAUACUGGGAUUGCUUUAAGCCGGCUGAUGUACGCCGUACUGAGAUUGCUUGUGUGUCGUUCCUUGGUCAAAUUACCUGCGGUGCCCAAUUCGCCUAUUCUGCCACGUACUUCUUCCAGCAAGCAGGAUUAGACUCGGAGACCUCGUACAACCUGAAUCUCGGCGGUACUGGAAUGGCGUUCUGUGGCACUAUUGCGUCCUGGUUCCUGAUGAGACACAUCGGCCGUCGAGACUUGUAUCUCGCAGGCAUGAGUGCCAUGAGCAUGUGGCUCCUCAUCAUCGGUGCUUUAGCCACCAAUACUCACAAUCCAGCCGUUAAGUGGGUUCAGUCGAUCCUUUGCUUGAUCUGGCUACUUACCUUCUCUCUUACCGUUGGGCCAAUUGGAUGGGCAAUCCCUGCAGAAGUCUCGUCCACGCGUUUGCGAUCCAAGACCGUAGUCUUGGCCAGAACUUCAUACUACCUGGCACAGAUUGUUGCCAAUGUCAUUCAGCCGUACAUGAUGAAUCCUUCUGCUUGGAACUGGAAAGGUAAAACUGGAUUCUUCUGGUUCGCCUUUGCGUGUCUCAGUGUUGUCUGGGCUUUCUUCCGCCUCCCCGAAACAAGAGGUCGCAGCUACGAGGAACUCGACUUGAUGUUCGAGGCCAAACUCCCUACGAGGAUAUUCAAGACCUAUCACGUCGAUGCCUAUGAUAACAGCCAGGAAACAAGGGUGGAUAAGGUUUAG